AUGGACGACAUCGCCGAGCCCGGCUCCCCGACCUCCCCGACGGCCACCUCCUCCUCGUCUUCCUCGUCGUCCUCCUCCUCCGUCGCCGCGAACAAGCGGCCGCGCAAGGACAGCCGGCACCCGACCUACCACGGCGUGCGCAUGCGGAGCUGGGGCAAGUGGGUGUCCGAGAUCAGGGAGCCUCGCAAGAAGUCGCGCAUCUGGCUCGGCACCUUCGCCACCGCCGAGAUGGCCGCGCGCGCGCACGACGUGGCCACGCUCGCCAUCAAGGGCCGCGCCGCGCACCUCAACUUCCCGGACCUCGCGCACCUGCUGCCCCGCCCGGCCAGCGCCGCGCCCAAGGACGUCCAGGCGGCCGCCAUACUCGCCGCCUCCGCCGACUUCCCCUGCGGCGCCAGUGCCAAUGCCAAGAGCCCCGACAGCGCCUCCGACGCCAGCGCGGUCUCGCCGCCGCCCCCGCCUGCACCGCACGCCGAGCCGGUCCAAGACCCGGAAGACGCCCUGUUCGACCUCCCCGACCUGCUCCUGGACCUGAGAUAUGAGGCCUCGGCGGGCCUCCCGUGCGCGUCGUCCUGGGUCGUCGACGAGGACAUCGUCGGCGCCGGCGUGUUCCGCCUCGAGGAGCCACUCCUGUGGGAGUACUGA